GCGCUAGCGGUAUCGGGCUGUUACAUACAUGUACAUUGUCAUUUUUGUUCACGAUACUACUCGCUGACAGAUCAUCAGCUACUGCUCCGACAAUACUGAAGAUCUGAAGAUAUUCGGGCAAGGAAGAAUAUUAGGGUACACCAUCAUCCUCUGUACAUCAGUAGCAACAGAAAAGAAAAGAAAUAGUAAGGUUGCAGUCAGUUACUGUAUCCAUCACAUGUAGCACGUUGCUCCAAGAUCCUGCUCUGUGGAAAAGGCUUCUGCAUCUUAAACUGGAUUGUGUAGUCAUUGCUUUGUACUACAUGUACAUGUACCUGACAACACACGGCAUAAUCUAACGAUGGAUUGAGAAGAGGCCACUGCUGCAAGCCGUUGUCAUCAUGUCCAGAUCAGAAACCCUGACGUGCCACUCCUUUGUUUUGUCAUAAUCAACACAAGGAGGCAGCGUGCAUCAACCAUGAAGCAAAUUGACCAGUGCACACUUGGUACUCUCUCCAGUGCCUAGCCCUUGGCAGUCACAGAAGACACAGCAAUGGGCAAGCAGAACAGUAAACUCAAGCCAGAGGUGCUGCAAGAUUUGAGGCAACACACAGAGUUUAAUGAGAGUGAACUACAGGAGUGGUACAAGGGCUUUCUGAAAGAUUGUCCCAGUGGCCACCUAAGUGUUGCAGAAUUCAAGAAAAUCUACGGUAACUUUUUCCCCUAUGGCGAUGCCUCCAAGUUUGCCGAGCACGUAUUCCGCACAUUUGACGUCAACAACGAUGAGACAAUUGACUUCCGUGAGUUCAUCAUCGCGCUUAGCGUGACAUCACGGGGGAAGUUGGAACAGAAGCUGAAAUGGGCCUUCAGUAUGUAUGACCUGGAUGGUAACGGCUACAUCUCAAGGGGAGAAAUGUUGGAAAUUGUUGAGGCUAUCUACAAAAUGGUAGGAACAGUCAUGAAAAUGCCAGAGGAUGAGUCCACUCCAGAGAAGCGUACGGACAAGAUCUUUCGCCAGAUGGACAAGAACAUGGACGGCAAGCUCUCACUGUCAGAGUUUGUGGAAGGCGCUAAGAGUGAUCCCUCUAUUGUCCGGUUGUUACAGUGUGACCCCAGUGGGGGUGGAGGCAGUAUGAUGUAAAUUGUAAACACUCUACCCGCUUGUAGCCGAUGCAUCUUGUGCCACUGUGCAGUGCAAUCUUAGCAGAACUCCUUUAUCUCAAGAAUCAUUCGGUUCUUGAGUUUUUACUGACUUGUGAAGAAAGGGCACUGUGUGAGAGAAUAGUUUGCAGUUUUGUUACUGUCAGGAGUCAAAAAGUGUGGUAAAUUUGAAGGGACUCUUGUUUGUGUGUGUUGGAGGAAGUGAUGCCAUGCAACCCAAGUCAAAACAAAGUUACGUUUUUGAUUUUCUGGUUUGAUCCCAUCAGAAUAUUGUGAUACACCGACCAAAAAGGAUUGGAAGAAGAAAUUACCAUACUGAAGUUGUGUUAUCACAGAGGGACAUAAUAUUCCAUUGGUUGUACUAACAAGAGCUACAUGUACCUAUCCUCUCCCUACACAAACUUAAAUUUCAAACCUCUCUCCCCUUAGGGAUUCGGCUGAAACUUGGUAUGUGGGUAAGGACACUAUUAAAAAGGACAUCUGUGAAGUUUCAGUUCAAUCCAACAUAGAAAUUUGGUGAUAAGGUCGUUUGUAGUUCACAGCUUCACAUGAUAGUGUCGGGUCCUCAUGCAUUGGGCACGUCAGUGGGAAAAGGUGACAUUUGUGGCUGACCAACCACUGUUAGGGAAAACAGCCAUUUUGUGAAAAUGGUGUAACUCAAAUCAAUUGCAAGACAUUAGAAGGCUCAAAACAGGAAAACAAAUGCAGCAGUGAUGUACUGUAUCAGAGCAAAUCUAGAAGCUGAGGCAGGGGGUUCUGCCCCAGCAGUUCUCUUAGGGUUAAAAGUGGACUUUUAACAAGGUGUAUGCACCAUAGGUAUACUGUACAUCAGCUUGUAAUAGUUUCACCCUUCAUAUUGGCAUCUAUUCACACACAGUCUCAGUCUUGAGAAGGUUAGCCAUGAUAUGGCUAUGUAAACUGGAAUGAAACUCACUUUUGCUCUACAGCAGCUGUACGGUGUUUUAACGUGCCAGCAUCAAUUUAGAUUUAGUGGAUUCCACGUCUAAAGAGACUUGAAUUACUGGAAAGUUUGCUGUGAUGAGUUUUGCUAAGAUCUCACUAUAUCUAUUCCUUUGUUGCUUUUUUGUGUCUUUGCUUUUCAUACAUUUAUUUCCUGCCCAAUUUUUGUUUUAUGUAUUGAACAAAAUACAAUUAUGUGUGCUAUAGAAAACCAAGUGACUAUUUCAUGUAAGCACUUAGCAACCUCUAUCUGGUUUUAGACAUGAGCUUCAUCAACUGUAUUGUACGCUGCAUGAUUCAGUAACUUUCUGCACACGUCUAUACACAAAGGUUUUCAGAUACAUAGAAGUUAGAGAAGCAAUAAGUUCUAUGGAUUUAGGGUAGCAAUGUUGAUAGGUUUCUAACAGCUACUACUAGAAGGUUUUUAUGUUGGUUAAAACUCAUUGUUUGAUAGUGCCAUAGAGAAGCUCAAAGUUGUUUUGACUAAGUUCAUCUUUUGAAAGUCAAGUGUGAAUUUAGGUUUUUCUGUGUACGGUACAGCUGUCCCCAUGUAUUCUGGUUUAGGCUACUCAUUUAUUUUCUUGGUUUACACAUAGCUUGUAUUGAUCAGUUCUACAUGUAAUUUUCAGAGGGAAUUCUUGAGGACUAAGUGACUCCUAGAUUAUAGUCUGGUGAAGACAGUAUCUUACCGGUGCAUGUGCAGUUUUUUUUAUAUUGUCUGACUAUUGUUACCACAGACUUCCAGGUUCUCCAAUCUCAAAUAGCUGAUGCCAUCAGAAAUAAAGAUGUUACCUCCUUUUUUCAGUCUAGCCCGAUCCCUGUUUGCAAAACAGUAUGGAGUCAGUUUGUGUAUUGGCGCUUUAAGAACCUUGGUUUGAAUCCCACCUAGGUAUCUAGUCCCUUCCUAAUUUGUUCUCCCUUGGAUUAUCAUUUGGGGGUUUGCCUUUCACUCCCAAACCUGGACCUUACAUCCUCAUCUUUGCUGUGGCAGAUGCUUCAGGCAACUGAGCUGCGGUACCUGUGCAUUUUUUGCAGAAUCUUCAAUUACCAGAAAGAAUGUUUUAAAAAAAAAUGGAAGAUAUUUUAUGAUUGCCAUCAAAUAGAAAAGCAGAAUCACUUGUGGACUUGCAACAUAAUCUUGAUAUGUAUUUGGUGGAUUGGCAAACCCAUUGAAUUCAUCUCUGGUCAUAAGUUAACUGUGAGAAACUUAGAGCUCAAAAUAGACUUAAAUUCAACUUGUAUGUGUAUAUGUGUUAAUUGAACUUGUUGAAAACCUGAUGUUGUGCAUGAAGUUACCUGAAACUGAGCAGUGUAUUCAUGAGCAAUAUAAUGGGUUGCUCUUGAAAACUUCAACAGCACUACCUACUUAUAUGUGCUUAUUGGAAGUUUUAGUGGGAACACUUGUGCACAUGAUCGCAGGCCUUGUUUGAUAUUUUUGGAAUUUUUAAUAGAUUGUUUAAAUUUUACACAUUGAAAAAAUGACAGAUAUUUUCUCAGUGUUGUAUGGAUAGUUAGUAGUGUUUCAUGCACACUUUGUUCAUGUUACCAAAGUAAGCUGAUGUGUAGAUAUAAUGGCUGGACAUAAUUUUCAGAGUAACUGGCUUGUUUUUUCACAGAUACAUUUCUGAUGCUAUAUGUAGGUGUUGGAGUCGGGUAAUUAUAUAAAGUAGUAAAGUUGGAGAAAAUGUCAGUACCUUCUCUUAUUGUGGCGUGAAAGUUAAAAUUUGAACCCGCAUUUGAAUGGAUCUUUGCUCAGCAUGGCAUUGCCCUUUGAAACCUGUAUUGGACACUCAUGGGUACCAGAUUUGUGUAGUAUCCUGACUUAUUGAUUGGAUUGGUGCUUGGUCUUGCACAUUGUGAAAUGACUUAUGCUGGAUGCUGGAUUUCAGACAGGCACAUUGACUAGUACGGUCAAGCGCUGCUUCCAAACUAAUAACACAUUUCCACUUAAUCCUCGUUCCAUUAAAAUCUUACUUACUCACGCUGAAACUUGACUCUUAAAUAUGUGUUCAUUUUCAAUCCAUAUAUGUACUUUUUCAAUCCAAGAUUUGUACAGUAAGUCUAUCGUUCACUGAAACUGACCUAUCAUAAGCAGCACAGUUGAAAUUUUCUCAGUGGGUUGGAUUCAUGAAGACGAGCAAAGAAAGGCAAAAACAAGUAGAUAAGUCAAUCGCAGAGAUGUCAUAUGCUUAAAGGGUUCAUGCAAGAAAUCUUUCCUAGACACACUUUUUGUAAAUCUUUCAGCUUUUGAAAACUAUUUGACAUGCUUUUUGGGGUGGGGUAAGUGUACCAAAAAUGUGCACUUUUUGAAACAUUCAAAAUUCCAGGCUUUUCAUCAAAACUGAAGGUGCUGUUUUGUUGACAAUGAGGAAAGAAGCUAUCUUGGUUAUGUUCAAAUUGUGAACCAAAACUUUGUUCACGGGAAACUUUUCUGAGAAGGCAUUGCUCAUUUAUUGACAUGUGUUCACAAAAUAGUGAAUCAGUAAACAAAAGAAACAUUGGUACCGCAAAAUAUCACAUAUUCCAGAAGAUUUUUAUGCUCAGAUCAUGCAGCAUGGAGGGUUUUCUGCCUGGUGUGAUAUCACAGAUUUGCUGAUGAAUAGAGAAAUGUAUAUUAGCAUAAAUAUCAAACAGGUGCAAAAUUACAUUUUAGAGUAGUAAAACAAGAAAAGAAAGUGAGAUUAAUUGAAACACAAAGUUGUGUUUUAAUGAUUUGUAACAAGAAUAAUUGCAUUAUAUGGACACUUUAAUAUUGCCCAUGAAAGCAUUGCAUGCUAAUGUGCAUUUUGUCAUCGAGGUAAAGAGUGCACUGCCGCUUUGUGAUUGAUGGUUCCCUACAGAGACAUACACAAACCACAGACUACAUGUAGCAGAUGAAUUGGUCAGUAGGGGCAUGGGUACCAGCACAAAACGGCUACUGAUAGGUCAGUUUUCCAUUCAUUUUGUGAUCAAAGUGUAUUAAAAUUCAUUUGUCUGUGCGGCAAUCCAUCUGAGGAAAGUUCAAUACUAACUGUAUGAAAUCUUAUCUUACAAUUCUAUGUGUAUCAAAGUGCGCUUAUUUUAUCUCUCUUUCUCUUUUUAAGUGUGGAAUAGAAUCAUGAAUAUUACCAAAUCUUGUUACAUAUUCUUCUUUCAAUCAUGUAUAACUGGCUUGAAACUCGAUAUCAUUGAAAUUGACAUCUAUUUACUUGCAAUUUAGAUUCACGAGCAGAAUUUUCCAUGUAAAGAUAAUCAUGUAAUGUGCUGAAUACAUUUUUACAUACCAUGUACAUUUACUUCACAAGAGUAUAUGAGUAUGUAUGUACGGUAAUGAGGUAGUUUUGCAAAGUAGUUUGAUUUUUAUGUAGCAAAAAUUCUCUCUUUGUGGUUUACUUUGUUUUCUCAAUUCCAGCUUUUAACUUCUUGUGCAUUGUUAAUUUCAAUGCUCUAGAUCUUAAGAUUUUGACCAAACAGUGAUUUUUUUUAGCUGUUAAUACUUUCUUUGGGAAAUCUAUAAAUUAUGAUUUUCUCCAUGGGAGUUCUUGGAUGUACUGAUUUAAUGAUAACAUGCCCAAGACCACUCGUUAGUCUUCAAGUGAGAUAAAUCAGUUAUAGACAAUAUAUAAAAAGUAGUUUCAUCGGUAAAAGAAAAAUAGUUCGAAGCAUACUGACAUAAUAAAAUGAUGUGGCUUGUGAAAUUA